AUGGCAACACAAGUGCAGAGUCAAGUCAAAGUCAACGGCACCGAGGGAGCGGGCCACCGACUCGACGCAUUAGCAAGCACAGGAACAGUUGGAGGUGUAGAUGUCGACGCUGAGAGGACUUCAUUCAGACUUCCUGAUGGCACCACGCAAGUAUGGAUAGCCACUAAAGGCACCGGCUUCGUGGUGGGCUCCGGUGACAGUCUGCUGGCCGAGUGGAAGAAUGACGAGAGAGAGGCCAGAAUCUCACCAGCCAUGGUCAACGAAGACAGGGCCGAGUCGGCUCAAGUCCUGCGGCUCACAAUCGACAGCUCACCUCCAGAGCCUGACUCCAAUGACCUCGCUCUCCAGCUGGUGUGGGCCUCCAUCUACGCACUCUGGUUGCACCCAAGCCACAGGGACGACGAUAUCAUCGCCAUCUCUGUAGACGGCGAGAGAGUGGGCGAGUAUCUGCGCUGUACCGGCCUCGCUGUCAUCUCACCAUUGUCUGAGAGCACCUCUGGCCCAGAUGCCAUCUACUGGCUGCAACGUGAGGCUUUCUGGCAGGGUGCCGGCGCGCCAGACAACCAGCACUGGCUCCGUGCCCGUCCCGAGGCGAGCUUCCCAGGCUUCAACGGCAGGUUGGGUGCCUUUGCCAACCAGCUGGGCUUCACGAGGAAGGGCAACGUCUGCACGGUGCACCCGGUAAGGCCGCCCAAGCCCAAGCCCGGCUCGGUGAUUUACUCGCGGUUCAUCGUGGAGCUGGGCCAGCAGCUCGAGAUCCACCACAUCGACGCGUCGAACCCGUUGCACUUCGAGACGUACGCGCGCUGGCAGAACUCGGACCGAGUCAACGCAGGCUGGAAGGAGCGCGGGCCGGACGAGAAGCACCGGGCGUACCUGGCGGCGCAGCUGGCCGACCCGCACACCAUGUCGUGCGUGUUCCUGUGGGACGGCGAGCUGGCGGGCUACACCGAGAUUGGCUAUGUCAAGGAGGACAACGCGGCGUGCUUCUUCGGCGGGCAGUGCAACAUCACCGUCGGCGAGCACGACCAGAACUCGCACAUCCUUGUCGGCGAGGAGCACUUCCGCGGCGGCAAGCGCUACGAGGCCGUCGCCACCUCCAUCAAGCACACGUGCUUCCUGCGCGACCCCAGGACCAAGCAGGUCGUGGCCGAGCCGCGCUACGACCUGGCCCAUGUGCACAUCCAGAACAAGUACCUGCCGCAGGAGAAGAAGAAGAGGUUCGAGCUGCCGCACAAGACGGCUAUGCUUUUCGCACUUCAGCGCGAGCGCUUCUUCCAGGAGGGUCACUUUGUAUAG